GUCAACGAAAGGAAGGUAGAAGUAGAACGGGAGCGCGUGUUAAUAAGUAAGAAUGGAAGCUCAUGCGAGUGUAGCGCUUGUGUCAUAGUGCAUAUGCACCCCCCCCCCCCCUCCCGACAAUAGGCAAGCAACGUGUGCAGUACAGUGAUCAGAGAGCGCCUAUAGGACUCAGUUAUGUGGAACAACAACAUGGAAGUACAUCGUCAUCUCUGUGGAGCUCUCCAAGUCUUACCCAGGCAGCAGUGCCCAGACAUGGCAUCGUAGUGGGUGAGUGGUAACAGCCCCAGCCGGGUGGAAGGAGGCAAGCGAGGAGCUUCCACGGAACUGCUGCCGCAGCGGACUUAGGGGUGGUUUGCUUGUGUUUGCAGCUGUUUUUGUGGGUCUUAGAGGAUUUUUUUGUAUAAUAAGAUCUGGAGUCAGGAGAACUCAGUUGCAUCAGGGGCUGUAUCCUGCAUUCCUCAUGAAAAAUUAUCCCUGGGGCUGCUCUCCGGCCAUGUCUGCGGCGAUGCCGAGCAAGCAGGCGGAGUGGCUACAGGAGGAGCUGGAAUCGGGCAACGGGUCACUAUUACUGCUGGACUGCCGACCUCACGAACUGUAUGAAUCAUCGCACGUCGAGACGGCCAUCAACUUGGCCAUCCCAAGCCUCAUGCUACGCCGCCUCAAAAAGGGUAAUCUUUCCAUCCGAUCCAUCAUCCCCAACAACGAGGACAAGGAACGCUUCGCCAAACGCUGCUGCAGUGACACGGUGCUGCUGUACGACGAAGGGGGCCCCACCAGUGACGGCAGCGGGACCCUGGGCUCCGUGCUCAUGCUCUUGCUCCAGAAGCUCCGAGAUGAGGGAUGUAAAGCGUAUUAUCUGGAAGGUGGCUUCAGUAAGUUUCAGAACGAGUAUCCUGAGCAUUGCGAGACUAAUUUGGACAGUCCCUGCCCUAGCAGCUCACCGCCAGCCUCUGUGCUAGGUUUGGGGGGACUUCGGAUAAGUUCUGACUGUUCAGAUGGGGAAUCCGACAGGGAGCCAAGCAGUGCCACAGAGUCUGAGGGGAGCCCCCUCCCAAACAAUCCACCAGCUUUCCCUGUUCAAAUCCUACCCUACCUGUACCUGGGUUGCGCCAAAGACUCUGCUAACCUUGACAUUCUGGGCAAAUAUGGCAUCAAGUACAUCCUUAAUGUGACUCCAAAUCUGCCAAAUAUAUUUGAACAUAAUGGAGAUUUUAAAUAUAAGCAGAUCCCCAUCUCUGAUCACUGGAGCCAGAAUCUUUCGCAGUUCUUUCCGGAAGCUAUUAGUUUUAUUGAUGAGGCCCGUUCCAAAAAGUGCGGUAUCCUUGUACAUUGCUUGGCAGGGAUUAGCCGAUCAGUAACUGUGACAGUUGCUUAUUUAAUGCAGAAAAUGAACCUAUCACUUAACGAUGCUUACGAUUUUGUAAAGCGGAAAAAAUCUAAUAUUUCUCCAAACUUUAACUUCAUGGGGCAGCUUUUGGACUUUGAAAGGACUCUGGGCCUUAAUAGCCCUUGUGACAACCGUUCUCCAGCCGAACAAUUGUAUUUCACCACCCCGACCAAUCACAAUGUGUUCCAGCUUGACACUCUGGAGUCAACAUGAAAACUACUUUUUUAUGAAAUCUAUUGAGGUUCGACUUGUGGGGAUUUAUUCCUACCUAAGCAUUUCAGAGAAAUACCUUGGCAGGUGACUUUGGAAGAAACCUGUUUGGGCCAGGUUUGAUGUUAUCCGAUUGCUGGUUUUGAGGGCUUUACUUCCAGUUUGUUGAUGUUCCUGAUGCUUACCAGGAGGAAAUGACAAAGUGAAAACAUUGGAAGGCACUUUUAGUAAGAGCAGUUUUAAAACAGAAAUAAGAAAAUAAAGGGGUUAUUGAAUAAGCCGCAGCUGUUACUUGAAACAUCAGUUUUCAGCUAACCAUGGAAGCUGGCAAUAGCAGUUAUCUGGAACUGCAAGUCAUACCAUCCUGAUGGUGAUUAAGACACUCUAAAACUUCGAGCCCACCUUAAAAGGUGUCCCCAGACUUGUUUCAGGUCACUUUUCUGUGUAUUCUGUAUAAUUUUUCCUUACUCAAUGUAGGGAUGAAGUAUCUGUACUGUUCUUACAAAAGACAAUGUUGCAAAAGCCAAUAUUGUAUUUUGGUCUUUUUAUAAAGAAAAGCAGAAAAUGUUUGUAUUAACUUUACGCGUUUUGCACACUUGUUGAAGCCUUGACUUGGUCUUGGCCCUUAAGCUGGUACUCCAUUACGAUUUGUAGUUGAAGGCUGCUUUACAUUUUGCCAUCUAGCUAAAAUAUAUAAAGGUGUCUGGCCUGGUGAAAUCUAAAAGGUUUCCUUUUCCUACAUGGAGUUGACGCAACCUUGGGGAGUAGAAAAGGAGGUACUUAUUGAAAACAUAAGCCUAUUUUGGUGAACCUGCACCCUUGGCAGUCACACUAUUUGCAUUCAUUUUUUUCCAGGGUAUUACAAGAUCACUGUUUAGCAAAAAAUGCACCAGUGUUUUUUAUUUUAUUAUGGUUGCAUAGGCAGCCUUAAAGCUGGUUCAGAACUCCAAAAGUGGGAAAAUGACUGCAGGUUGUAGCACUUAAUCCUGUAGUGAGGGGGCUGUGUAAAUGCAUGAAUACAUUCGGGUAUGUAAAUGCAUGAAUACAUUCGCACAAAUGUAUUUGAGGGUGAAUAAAUGCAUAAAUGACUUGCUCACAUGUAGUUGGGGGUGGAUGAAUACAUAAAGACACUCGCAUACAUGUAAACAUAUAUACACUCACUGUUGUUACACAACGUACAUGCACUGGUGAGCAGACACGCACGCACAUACACACAACACACACACAUACGUGCACGUGCACACACACACACACACACACACACACACACACACACACACAUACACACAUGCACACACAAGCACACCCACACACACAGUCACCCCACACACUUGCUUUUAAAUUUAAUGGGUUCAGGGAAAUGCAAUAGUGGAUCUGAAUUUAAAUUCAAGCACUUAAGUUACGUGAUGGAAGUAUGAAAUGGUAAAUUUUUUUUCUCAUCUUGUACAUGUUUGUGGGUUUUUUUUCUCCAAAGUAUACUCGCUUAUCGACUACACAUGCACAUAAGUUGUGAUGAGUUGUUUUGCAUACCAAGUUAUAAAAACUAAAUUUCACAUUUACUUUGCCCCCAGAGUAUAUUUUAUGGCCAUAAUCCUUCUUUCCAUUCCCCAAGGUUUCAGGCAAUUUACAAAUUUUAUUUGGCAGCCAUUUUUAUUUGUACCUAUUCACAGUGUUUCUCUGGAGGAACAUUUAAAUUUUGUGCUGCAUGAAACACUGAGAAAGAGAAAAUAGGUUGUUUUUUGUUUAGCAAGGAUGUGUGUGACAGUUUGUAAUACAUCUGUGGUGCUGGCUCUUUUAUGAGCACGAAAAAACGAGAGAAAGGAAGAGAGUUUGCAAGAUAGAUAAUACAUGGGGUGAGCGAGAGAGUGUAUGCGUGAGAGAGAGAGAAUUUAAUAACAUCUUACCUCACAGAGGACUCUGCAUUUUCAGGGAUUUAGGCAGAGCACCGUAAUUGUUUUACAGCAUUAGCUGGUUUUGAUAAAACUUUUAAUGUGUGCUGUAAACAGUUGUAAGAGAUGCAUUCUUUCAUCUGUAUAAAUACAGGCUUGGUGGGGUGGGUGGACAUUUCUGUUUUCUGAUUUAUGAAGGAAAAUUGACUACGUUGUGUAGUAUGUCAAACCGAUAUUGAGACUUUGUUUGUACUACAAAUAAAUAUUGAAUUAUUUUUUGUUUA